AUGUCGACUAAAGGCCCCGUUUGUGGCGUCGAAAACUGCCGAUCUAGACGUUACGAAGAAGGCGAAGACGGCUUCUUGUAUUGUCAGAACGGCCACCAACAGGCUGGCUUAGUCCGCGGAGAAGAUGACGAUGACUACGUAGGGGCUUCCCGAACAGUCACGCGCAAGAAGAAAGAGACGGAGGAUGACGCCAAAUCCACUGGUAAAAUCUACAAGGGCGCCCGAGGUUUUGAUUUAUACUUGAAAUGUCUGCAGCUCGUCCUCCGCCAUCAACUUUGGUUCCUCGUCAAGGAUCGAGGAUUGCCUGUGGAGCUUGAAGCAGUCACACGCGAUCUCUGGUCGCUGCGCAUUGCUCAACUUGGAGACCGGAUCGCGAGUCAGGAUGAAGAGUCCUCAGAGUCACAGAGUCAACAGCUUUUCAGCACCAUGGAGAGCGAAGAUGAUGCCACGGACACUGAGAAAGGCCAUCUCAGAGAUACCAAAGGAAAGAGGAGUAUGAGGUUAGCCGCCGCACCCAAUCUCAAUGAUUGUCUAGUCUUGUGCUACCUUGGUAUCUUGACACUAAGGCUGCCGUUCACACCAGGCGAUGUUUAUGCGUGGGUCAUUGAUGGCAAACUAGCAUAUCGCAGAGCAAUCAAGCUACUGCCACUCGCCAUGAGAGAUCGACUGUUACCCGCCUACCGUGCUGUUCUUGAUCCGAGCGCAUCGCUUACUUAUACACGAUUUUACAAAACGCUCAUAGACCUACAAAUGAGCUACAGCAAAGACCACGGUAUCACUUGGCCGGCUCUGAACGUGCCGCUCCUUCUGUUCCGCUAUCUGAAAGAGCUUGCCUUGCCACUGGAGCUGUAUGAUGCAACAAAACGACUCGGCGACUUGCUCGGCUAUGACUUCGCUCCCCACCACGACGGUAAGAAGCGUCUGAGUAUACGGCAUCUCGCUGAGGCGCAACUAGUGAGCACCCUCGUCAUAUGCAUCAAACUACUAUAUCCUCUCGACAAUGAGAAGCGUUAUCCGAUUUCAUCUUCCGAACCAACAGCGGCGGCGAUGAACUGGGAAGUGUGGCGUGAGCAGAUGAAGGCGGCGGAGGAAGCCAGGCGAGGAGGCAGGGGACGCUUCACUACCGAGGAGUUGACAAAGGUGCAGGAGAAGGAUGUUCUCACAAUGGGCCCUGAAGAGAUGGAUCAGUACCUGGACUUCUACGCCACCGAGUAUUUGGAUGAUGCCGAAAUCCAGCGCACGAGGGACGCUGAUGACUUCCGACACGCGCUGUACAAUAUGUUUCCUAUCGACACUACAACACAUCAUCCCCCACAGGAGGCAUCCCAUACUUUACCAUUGAACGAAAAACUGGAGGUGAUAAAAGUGGUCCAGGGCGCAAUGGAGACAGUUCCAGUGGUAGCCGAGGAGAACACCGAGGUACUUAGGAUAGGACAGGCAUACCCGAUUUGGAAGACGGAAGAAGACAUUCCUGAUGUAGCAAAGACGCUGUACAGAGAAGCUGCAAAGAUCGCAGGGCUAUCGAUGAACAUGCUCAUAUUAGCAGUCGGUUCCACGGAAGCAAGGGUUGAGCAGUGGAAGAAGGCACAGAAGAGGCAAGCUUGA